UAAUCCAGCUCCCUCACACAUCUCCUGAUUUAGAGGGCAGGGACGUGUCUCUGGCAUUACUCAACCCCAGAAAGACUCUCCCCUUCAGCACAGGUCAGCUCUCCACCUCAGGCCAGAAGAAUGGAAGAAAGGGUCACCACUGCAGGGUUUGAGAGCACAAAUAUGACUGUCACAGCCUGGGGGACCGAGCUCACACCAACCAAUGGAAGUGACCAGGCUCUUUCUAAAUGUAACAAAGAGACCGUGACCCCAGACGUGCUGGUCUUCACCGUGGCCCUGGUGGGGCUGGCAGGGAACGCGGUGGUGCUCUGGCUCCUAGGCUUCCGCAUGCGCAGGAAUGCCUUCUCUGUCUACAUCCUCAACCUGGCGGGGGCCGACUUCCUCUUCCUCUGCUGCCGGAUUAUAUAUUCCCUGUGGACAUUCAUCAGUAACUUCCAUUCCAGGUGCAUUUCCAUCCCCUACAUUUUCAUCACUGUGUCAAACUUUGCCUACAUCUCAGGCCUGAGCUUUCUUAGCGCCAUCAGCACGGAGCGCUGCCUGUCUGUCCUGUGGCCAUUCUGGUACCGCUCCCGCCGCCCCAGACAACUGUCAGCCGUCACAUGUGCCCUGCUCUGGGCCCUGUCCCUGCUGCUGAGCAUCCUGGAAGGGAACUACUGUGGCUUCCUGCUGAGGAAACGUGACCAAACUUGGUGCCGGGCGUUUGAUUUCAUCAUAGUUGUGUGGCUGAUUUUGUUGUUUGUGCUUCUCUCUGGGUCCAGCCUGGCCCUGCUGACCAGACUGUGUGGCUCCCAGCGGGUGCCCCUGACCAGGCUCUACGUGGUCAUCCUGCUCACAGUGCUGGCGUUCCUCGUCUUCGGCCUACCCUACGGCUUCAAGUGGUUUCUGUGUUACUGGACUCAGACACUUUGCAGUAAAACGUUUUCUUAUUUUCUUAGAAGGACUUGGCUCAUCCUGUCUAGUCUUAACAGCAGCGUCAACCCCAUCAUUUACUUUUUUGUUGGCUCCUUCAGGCAGCAGAGGCAGCUGCGGCAGACCCUCAAGUUGGUCCUGCAGAGGGCUUUGGAGGACAUCACCGAGGUGAAGAAAAGUAGCAGAAGCCUUCCUCAGGAAACCAAGGAGAUUUCAGGGAGCAGUUUCACACCGUGA